AUGUGCCGCAAAGUCGUAUUCUCGGGCAAAUGCCCACGUUGCUUCGACCGCUUUAUCUGGCAUGAGUUGACGCAAGAGCUGAGCUGCCUCGAGGCAAAGAACAACGGCGUGUUCGGCAUGUGCAGUGAGGGGACAGCGAUCGAUGAGAAGCCGCACGACCAAGAGUGCGAAGCUUGCCUGGCCGAGCUGGAGGCUGACGAAGGCUACGACGGCGGUAUGGAUGAGAUUACUGAGGGCGCCGUCUGGCUGGAUAAUAACAAGGUGGCCGCUGACCAAGACGAAGGAAGCGGCAAGCAUAAGAACAAGAAGCAACGAACGUCAUGA